CUGCCUCUUUCGCUUUUACGGACAGCGCAAAACCAUCCGAUGGUAAGGGUUAGACACUCACUUUCUGCAAAAAGAGAUGCCUCUUUUACAGUCGUAAUUGUACUGCAGAAAUAAAUUCAUUUCCUUUGGUUAUCUACGUCCUUUUAGCUUGGGCCAAGCUUUAUAAAAUUUCCUUUUCUUCCCCAGUUGGUGGAAUUGAAAAAUGGUGAGACGUAUAAUGGACAUCUUGUGAGCUGUGACAACUGGAUGAACAUCAACCUUAGAGAGGUCAUUUGCACUUCCAGGGUGAGUCAUUUGUUCUAAAUACUCGAGGCCCCUCCAUCGUGCUAGAUAUGUUUUCCAGACUAACAUGUACAUGUUUCUGGGAAAAUCGAAUGGUCUGUGCCCGUAGUCCAGUCUGCAGAGCAUGACUUUUGCACACACACCCUCACUGCAAAUACCAAAAUUUUUAAGAUUUUGGCAUUGCCACACGUAAUCUUAAAAGAUUACGUGUGGUUGAACGUCUUUUUGCAAUAGCAUGACAUGGAGAAACCAUAUUAUUUGUAAUCUAGCGAUUCAGUUGGCAGUCAGUGCAGGUUGGGAAAAAAUGCCUUUGUACACUUGAGAUCUUGAUGAGUUCUGCCACACUUUGUUGGCAGAGUGGCGUGCAGUAGGGUUAGUAGCCUCAGAAAACAGCCAACAUUUUGUGACGCCACCACUGGUUUUCCUGCUAAAUAACGCCUGAGAAACAACUACAGAAAUUCUAUACUGAUGACGUGGCACCACCCAGGUCUGGGUAGUGCUUCUGACUGGUUGUGCCAUGAAAGAAAUUUGCUGCAACCAAUCGGAAGCACUACCCAGACCUGUGUAAUGAUGUGUCAUCAGUAUGGAAUUUCUGCAGUCACUACUCAGACUUCACUUCAUGGGGAAUCCCAAGGUGGCGUCGCGAAAUGUCAGCUGUUUUUUUGUCAGGCCAAAGGGUUGGCUGUUUUAUACUACUACAUGAGAGAUUUCUGAAAUUUGAUUGGCUUAGAGCAGUGGUAUUUCAGCUUAAUUUGAAAUACCUACAUGUGAAAAUUACAAACCUUUUGUGGGUAGUAGUGUAAACAAAUAAUAGCAUGAUUUGUACAUGAUAUUUGGCAUAAAUACCACUCGUGAUAUUUCAAAAUUGUCUUAAAUUUCAUUCGCCUAACGGCUUGUGAAAUUACGUUUAACAAUUUCGAAAUAUCACUCGUGGUAUAUAUUCCAAAUAUCACUACAAAUCAUGCUAUUACCUAUACUAAUACGUGGUGAUAAGGUAAUGGCAAAAUUAAUGGUUUAAAUGUGAGCAAGGUGUAUAUCCUUUGAGAAUUCUUUUUGUUCCUUUGAGAAUGUUGAUAUAACAUGGCUUGUUUUUGUCUUUUUGUUUUCUCUUUCCUGUAGGAUGGUGACCGGUUUUGGAGAAUACCCGAAUGUUAUGUGAGAGGUAGCAAUAUAAAAUAUCUCAGGAUUCCAGAUGAGGUACAAAAUACAGUCAAACCCCUCACUUCCUUAUGUUACUGGCUCUUUUUCUGUUAUUGAUUUUCAUUUAUCUUACACGUAGGUGAUAGACAUGGUAAAGGAUGAAAUGGUUAAGCAGGGAAAGGGCAGAGGCACAGGGAGACCAGGUAAAAUCAUGCUCAAUAAUCCAUUGUUUGUUUUAGGGGUUAUUGUUUCAUCCGAUUUCCUGUCCUCUUAAACUGGAAGUCUUUUUUGUGUACCUCAAGCCUUUACAUAUAGGGGUGAACUCAAACAAGAGAGAGUUAAUGUAUGGCCCUACUAAAUACAAUGUUGAAUUUUUAGGUGUAAUUUUAAGUAGUUUUCUUGACAUUAUAAAUAAAUAAACUUUUUUUCAAACUUCAAGUCUAUCACGUACAUCUGAACAUCUGUUAUUUAAUACAGCAAAAUGAUGAUAGACUUUCAUUGCUCUAUAGCAAUACAUUCGACUCUCCCUUAAUGGACACCUCUAUAAGACGGACACCUCUGUAAAACGGACACUUAGAGUUGGUGCCUGCCUUUCUUUACUCAUUUUGUUUGACUCUCUAUAAGACAGACGCACUUAGUGCCUGUCCCAAAGUGUCCGUCUUAGAGAGAGUUGACUGUAUUAUUUUAAUGCAUUAAAAAAUGUUCUUCUGGUCAUUUUGUCAUUUUACAGGGCGUGGUGGCCGAGGUGGAGGUGGUGGAGGUGGACGCGGAGGCCACAGCAGUGGAGGAGGAGGUGGAGGUGGAAGAGGUGGUUCAUUCGGUGGGCGUGGUGGGGGCAGAGGAGGAGGGGGUCAAAAGAGAAAUAGAGAUGACAGUGCUGGCAGAUAA